GAUCUCCGUCGAACUCAUCCAACUUUCCAAACAAGACCAACGCCAGUAUCGAGACCAUAAGAAGCGUUUCUUAACUCAACAUGACCUCCGAGCAGCAACCGAAAUGGCAAGCCCUCCACGGCGCUUCUGUCCCGAAGAAUAUCGGGAAGGACUCGUUUACGAUCACGGCACCUCCACACACGGAUAUCUGGCGCCGCGGCGACGACGACGAUGUUUUUAAUGCGCCCCUGGUGUUUCAGAGUAUGCGGGCGAGUGAGUUUAAGAAGGUGGAGGUUACUGUUUUCGCUCCGUGGAAAACACAAUACGAUCAAGGUGGGAUCUUCAUCGCCUUUCCGAAUCCUCCUGCAGAUGGAAGUGGUGAAGGUGGUACGAAGAAGCUGCCGAGUGCGAGGGUAAAGGGCAUCAAACAUAUUAAGGCUGGCAUCGAAUUCUUCGAAACCUCCUCCGUUCUCGGCAUCGUCGGCACGGAUCGGUAUUCUGACUGGUCGCUCUCCCCGAUGUCGAAUGAGUACCAUCAAAAAGCCACGUUCCGGGCGGUGCGAGAUGGGACCACGUUGUGGAUCUAUGCCGCGCAAAAGGGCUCGUCGGAGGAAGCGGGUGGAGAGGGUCUGAAGCCGAUGAGGGAGGUCAAGUGGGCGUUUAUGGAGGGGAGAGAGGACGCUGAGGUUUGGGUGGGGGUUUAUGCGGCGAAGCCGACGGCUGAGGCGGGAGAGGAUGAGGAGAAGGGGAUUGAGGUCACAUUUGAGGAUCUGGUUGUUGAGAGGGAGUGAGCUGCUUGUCAAGGCGAAGGUGUCGGAUGGUCAGAGGACUGAGACAUAGCAGGUAGCAGCUACGGAUGUGGGUCAAACUC